AUUUACGACACCUGCUUUCCGCGGAAGAGCAAGAUCGGGGGCGAAGGCCUCGCACAGCUUCUGCCGGAGCAGCAGGAGUUCCUACUACACCGGGUGCGAGAGGAGGACCUGCGCAAGGGAGGCACCCUCAAAUGCCACCAGAUCGCGAGAGCGGUGGUAGCUUUUCCAACGAUGUCGCAGGUGCUGGAUGUUGGAGCAGGGACGGCGCCCUGCAAGCCAGUGAUGGAGGAUGCCGGGUUCAAGUACACGGCGCAGCUCUGCGGUUGUGCCGCGCACGGCGACCCUCCCCUGUACUCCGCCAUGGCAGCACGUCCCGAGAACGUCGAGGAGUGGUGUUACCUGGUUCCUCAUUUGUUCAGUCCAGCUGGUUGGAACAGCAUUGCGGAAGCUAAGUCAGUCAGCCUCUCUUACUGCAGCUGUCCGUGGGGCGGAAGUUUGGUGAAGCUCACGGUGCUGGACGUGCAGGUGGCAGAUGCCCCCGAUGAUCCCUCGCAAAUCUUCGUCCGGCCGGAGUCGCGUGCAUGGUGGGCUAAGAACUUUGCAGAAUCGAGCCCCGAGCAUUUCACCGUGAAGGAGCAGCUGGCACCAGGAGAUGCCAUCAUAUGCCGGUGGGCAUCCUGGAAAGUUUUGCGUGUGUUUGCCGUGCUCUUCGGUGAGAUCGGGACAGAGCUUCUGCAGACCCAAUUUUACGACCCGGCUGAGGCUGUGGAGCUUCACAUGCGCACCCAGCGCAAUCAUCCAGAAGCUGGCGACUGUUCUCAGACAAUCAUGAGCCCAUCACAGCCCUUCGAAGCCAUCAACUUUUGCCGGUCAGCGGGGGAGAAGGGGGUGUACAACGUGUACCACAUCUUUCGGGUGCCUAGCGGCAUUAACCUUUCUAACUGGGCCGCUGCGCAGCUAAAUGAGGCCAUGGAAUCAGGUAGGAGAGUUGCAGAGUACUAUCUUAAUCGACCCGGGAUCAGCCGGCUUCGUGCAUUGGAUCAGCAGUUCUACGUUGUGCUGACCAUACAAACCUUCAAGCGGGGUUUUCCGUUAAUGCCCGUGCGCUCUGGUGAAGAACACGAAGAUGUCACGAGAAUCGAUGCGGGCAACCACUUGGGGUUGGCAACUUGGGUCCGCUAUGACCCCGCGAAGUAUGGCAUUGAUGGCUUCUACCUGUCCGGGUACAUGCAGGCCUUAGCAGAGUGCCUGGGUGAAAGCCUACAGUUUUACCAGUUCUUGGACGGAAAGGAGCUACUGUACUUCCAAUGCGCAGUGGCUCGGGAAGAAUGGUCCCGUGUUCAAGACCGCUUGAAAGACGCCUACCUCUUGCAGAAGACUGCUUACCGACGUGCCAAUGGUGGAGCACAGGCACCAGGACUCAACGAGGCAAGCACUCCGCGCUUCUGCACGCGAGUCCGCCUUACCUCCCUUGAAGAGCGAAUCCAGGCCGAGGCUGCAGCUCGGGGCCAGCAGAAGGUACAGGUGCGCAAGACCUUCAUUGAGAGGGAGGAGAGUGAAGCCGAGGAGCUUUUUGAUGCCAUGCACUACAACGGCACUGAAGGUAUCGCCGGGUCAGUCUUCUUGCAAGGCUACGGCCAGAUCGAUGUCGUCUCUGACAUUGGUAGCAUUCCGCUACCGGACGAAUCCUUCGAUUUGGUAAUUUGUACGGACGUGCUCGAACACGUGCUCAAUCCAAAGCGAGCGAUGCACGAGAUGGGCCGCCUUCUGAAACCAGGUGGUAUAGUGCUGCUGCAGGUGCCAUUCGGAGGAGCCCUCCACAACCUGCCACACCACUAUUUCGCCGGCUUCACCCACAAGUGGUUCGAGAAGGUGGCGUCAGCUGCCUCCUUGGAGGUAGCCUGGGGCUAUCACUUCGAAACCCUCGCGCGACGGCUGCAGCGCUCGCUUCAGAGUGAGGAAUGCCUGAGCGGCAUCUUCGGUGGAAAGCAAGCCGCGGCUUGGCGAACGCAUGUAACGGAUGAGCUCCCACACGUGCUGGAGCACCUCCGGGUGUGCCAGAGCAACCCAGAAGGUCGGGCGGAUUAA